CCUCGAUGUACGAUGUAUAAGGCUGUGAGCUCCUGACCAGCAGUCCCCCUGCUUGGGCAAGGGGAAGGAGGGAAUAUAAGAAGGCUCUGGCUCUCUGAUCAAGUAGUUCACCAUCGAGCUUUCUAUUCAACCCUGAAAUUUAAUCACAGCCUUCUGUCCUCCACGAAAUCCGAAAAUGAGUCUGUCCGACCACAAAGAUACCAUCCAACGGCUUUACGUCGACCAAGACCUGACUCUCGACGAGCUGAUGAGCUCCAUGCAGAGGGAUUUCGGCAUUCGUGCGAGCAAGGACACCUACAAACGUCAUUUCAAGAAAUGGGACCUGCGUAAAAACAACAAUUGCGAUUUCUACGUCUGGGCCAGCCAUCGCAUUGAAAAGCGCAGCCAUGCGAACCCCAAGAAGAAGACCAAGAUCCGCUUGAACGGAAAAACGAUCGAUGAGAAAACUAUUCAGAAGAAUAUCCCGCGGCAGGUGUCGAGUUAUGCUCAAGCACGCGCGGCAGCUGCAAGCCCAGCAACGCCUCAAGGCUACAGCAUCGAAACGCCUGCUGGUUCGACCCCGGGUCAGGGCCAAGAGACUCCGGCGACACCAAGCGAGAUCCCAUCCUCGAGCCAACCUGCGUCACUUCAAAGUGACAUAACAGACAAAGGAGACCCGACCGAAAUCAAAUUGAUUGCUGAAGUCAUGCAAGACUGUGGGUCUUUCCUCUCUCUAUGGGGUAAAAUGAAUGUGUCUACCUCUCGGAAGAAUCUGGGUCAACUAUAUACUUCAGUUGCUGAGCGGAUCAUUACGGACACUUGGGAUCUCCAAUCGCAUCCCCGUCAUACACCUCGUCUUCUGCCAGUUCUAGGAUUCGACGUGUUGCACUCCUCAUACCAAGAUAACUUUGAACGAGUCCAGCUACAGCUACGGGAUUUACCGCCGGAUAUUUACGCUGAUACCGUCCGUGCUGCGAGGUUCAUCGCAUCGGCAAAAGGCUGCGUCAGUGCGGCAGCAGCCCUAUUUGACAAUCAGAUCAAGCUAGAUUCUCGUGACUCCAAUGGACAGACAUGCCUUGGGUUAUCUGUACUUCAUAAUCACCCAGCGAUGGUUUCAUUUCUCAUCGCCCGAGGAUCAAAUGUCAAUAAUAGACGCCGCGACGGCCACACGGUGUGGACUCAGAUUUGUGUAUCGGAAGAGCAUGAAACAGUCUCUCAGAUUUUGAUCAAUGCCGGUGCCAAUGUGAAUACCACAGUUAAUUCCGUCAACGAUCUUUACAUCUCUGCCGCUGGUGGUCAUAUCGAUGACGUCCGUCUUCUGCUUCGACGAGGGAUGAACCCAUCCAUUAAAACGUCUUGCCUGUGGGCUCCGCUAGUAAGCUUCAACCCCCGAGACGGUGCCUAUCUUAUCUCAUAAUGGUACUAAGAGCUGACCUGAAUAACUUAGCAUUGGGCUGCAUCAAUCGAGGUCGUGAAGGCUCUUGUUGAAGCGGGGGCGGAUGUGAAUACGC